CUCCCUCCCUUUGGUGAGGGGCUGGGGCUGCCUACUCCAACAUUAUCAGCUACUGGAUGCUGGGCUGGGCUUGGGAAACAUUUGACAUUUCUGUUUCGGUUCCUGUGUGUUGCGUGAGCAGUGAGGACACGGAGCGAGUGAGAAUAGAGAAUAGAGGGAGCGUGUAUCAUCGUGCAUGUGCAUUAACUUAGCUAACAGGCAGCAGCAGGAGCAGCAACAGCUGAGAGUGAGAGAGAGAGAGAUAGAGAGAGAGAGAGAGAGAGAGAGAUAGAGACAGAGAGAGGGAGAGGGAGAGAGAGGGAGAGAGAGAGAGAGAGAGAGAGGGGGAGAGGGAGAGAGAGACAGAGAGAGAAAGAGAGAGAGAGAGAGAGAGAGGAUGGAAGGAGGAGGAAAAUAAUACCAGGCACAAGGAAACAAAAGCUGCAGAGAGAGAGAGAAGACUGUUCCCUUCUUGCCCUCCACUAAAAGAACAACAGAAGAAGAAGAAGACAAAAUGAGGAGGGAGGCGUACAGUACUGAACAUACUGGAACUGAAUUCAUAGGCUCCUUUUUCUUUACCCUCAUCCAUGUUUUAGGGGGAUUCUACACUAGUAGAUUUGACUGUUGCCUUCUUCUUCAUCUCUAAAAAGAAAGAAAGAAAGAAAAAAAGAGAGAAAGAUAGAGAGAGAGAGAAAGAAAGAGAGGAGGAUGUCGGGAAAGAAGGAGUUUGAUAUGAAACAGAUCCUCAGGCUGCGUUGGCGCUGGUUUAGUCAUUCAUCCCAGAGUUCUGCCGGUGGAGGAGGAGGAGGAGGGGGUGGAGGAGGAGGAGUAGGAUGCCUCCAGGAGAGCUUUGAUCACAAAGGGACCCCAGUCCAGGGCAGACUGAAGAAUCACUCCCGGGACAGAGGUGGCAGUGGAGGGGGACUCCGGAAGCAGAACAGCAACAGUCCGGUCCAUAGUAUCCUGGCUCCCACGCCUGUCUAUGUCAGAGCCAGUAAUCAAUCAUGGCAACAGCAGAAUAUUAUUCAGCACCUGCAGCAGCAGGGCGGCCACAAGCUGCCUAAGAACAGCAGCUCGCCUAACAACACCAGGAAGGAGGACUGCUCCAAGAGCAGCCAGGAGAAUGUGAAGAGUGUUGAAGAGUCCUUAGAGGCGGAUGCAAGAGACAGGAUGAGCUCCAACGGCUCGGACGAGUUCUUCCAGGCUACAAACCAUGCGGAACAGACCUUUCGCAAGAUGGAGACUUAUCUUCAGCACAAGCAGCUGUGUGAUGUCGUCUUGAUAGCGGGAGAUCAUAAGAUCCCGGCUCACAGGUUGGUCCUCAGUGCAGUCUCUGACUACUUUGCUGCCAUGUUCACCAGCAACGUGAGAGAGGCCAAACAGGAGGAGAUCAAGAUGGAGGGGGUAGAUCCAGAAUCCUUGAGAUCUCUGGUCCACUUUGCAUACACUGGUGUCCUUGAAUUGAAGGAGGAGAUCAUAGAGAGUUUAUUGGCUGCAGCCUGCCUUCUACAACUCUCACAAGUCAUUGAGGUCUGCUGUAACUUCCUCAUGAAACAACUCCAUCCAUCUAAUUGCCUGGGGAUACGCUCCUUCGCUGACGCCCAGGGAUGCAUGGAUCUGCUCAACGUGGCCCACAACUACACUAUGGAGCACUUCCUAGAGGUGAUUCAGAACCAGGAGUUUCUCCUGCUUCCUACGGCUGAGAUCGUCAAACUCUUGGCCAGUGAUGACAUAAACAUACCAGAUGAGGAGACCAUCUUCCAGGCUCUGAUGAUGUGGGUGCGGUUCGAUGUUCAGCAUCGCCAGCAGGACCUUGGGGUGCUCCUGGCCGAAAUCCGCCUGCCUCUUCUACCUCCACAGGUACUCCUAGCUGACCUGGAGAACAAUACGAUGUUCACAGACAACCUGGAAUGCCAGAAGCUUCUAAUGGAAGCCAUGAAGUACCAUCUGCUACCGGAGCGUCACCUCAUGUUCCAGAGCCCCAGGACUAAACCCAGGAAGUCCACUGUAGGAGUACUCUACGCUGUGGGAGGCAUGGACGCUACCAAGGGAUCUACGACCAUAGAGAAGUAUGACCUGCGGACCAACACAUGGACCCAGGUGGGAGUGAUGAACGGCCGGAGGCUGCAGUUCGGGGUGGCAGUGAUCGACAACAAGCUGUACGUGGUGGGGGGCCGAGACGGGCUGAAGACAUCCAACAUGGUGGAGUGUUACAACCCUUUCAACAAUGUCUGGUCCACCAUGCCUCCCAUGUCUACACACAGACACGGACUUGGUAUAACAGUUUUGGAGGGCCCCAUGUAUGCAGUCGGUGGCCAUGAUGGAUGGAGUUACCUGAAUACAGUGGAGAGGUGGGACCCCCAGGCUAAACAGUGGAACUACGUGGCCAGCAUGUCCACGCCACGCAGCACUAUGGGAGUCACCGCACUCAACGGAAAAUUGUUUGCAGUUGGUGGUCGGGAUGGGAGCUCGUGUCUGCGGUCAAUGGAAUGCUUUGAUCCACACACCAACAAGUGGAGUAUGUGUGCCCCCAUGGCGAAGAGGAGAGGAGGGGUGGGUGUGGCCACAUACAACAGCUUCCUCUAUGCUGUGGGUGGUCAUGAUGCCCUGGCGUCCAACCACUGCUCCAGACUCUCAGACUGUGUAGAGAGGUAUGAUCCCAAAACAGACACAUGGACCACGGUGUCCUCUCUGAGUGUCCCCAGAGAUGCUGUAGGUAUCUGUCUGCUAGGAGACAGGCUAUACGCUGUCGGAGGAUACGACGGAACAUCCUACCUGAACAGUGUUGAGUCCUAUGAUGCACAGAACAAUGAAUGGACUGAGGAGGUCAAUCUCAACAUUGGAAGGGCUGGAGCCUGUGUUGUAGUUGUGAGAAUACCUUGAGGACUACAACUACAAACACUACAACUCUACAACUCUACAACAGUGAUUUUCAUUGUCCACUUGAAAGUAUUUUAUCUUGAUUGGGGACACUGCCCUGUGUAGGGUGCCGUCUUUCGGAUGGGACGUUAAACGGGUGUCCUGACUCUCUGAGGUCAUUAAAGAUCCCAUGGCACUUAUCGUAAGAGUAGGGGUGUUAACCCCGGUGUCCUGGCUAAAUUCCCAAUCUGGCCCUCAAACCAUCAUGGUCACCUAAUAAUCCCCAGUUUACAAUUGGCUCAUUCAUCCCCCUCCUCUCCCCUGUAACUAUUCCCCAGGUCGUUGCUGCAAAUGAGAACGUGUUCUCAGUCAACUUACCUGGUAAAAUAACGGUAAAAUAAAAAAUAAAUAAAAAAUAAGAACGUACUUUACCAUAUCUACGGAUCAAGUAAGUGGUUAGUAAUGGUUAAAAAAAUAAGAAAACUCUGCCACACUCUCCUUGGUCUGGUUACUCUGUUAAAAUGCUCUAUCAGAAAAUAAUGUUCAGAAAAUAAUGUUCAGAAAAUAAUGUUCAGAAAAUAAUGUUCAGAAAAUAAUGUUCAGAAAAUAAUGUUCAGAAAAUAAUGUUCAGAAAAUAAUGUUCAGAAAAUAAUGUUCAGAAAAUAAUGUUCAGAAAAUAAUGUUCAGAAAAUAAUGUUCUCUAUAUGAUACAAAGAAAGAAAUUACAUUUAUUAACUGAUACUUUUACAUUUAUACAGCAACAUUCUAUAUUUGUCUCAUCACAUGAUAUUUUUUCGAUUUAUACUCCUAUGUAUAUCUCUCUUUUAGCCCCCGGGAAAAUGAAAUGUCCUUUUUCUAUUUUUACUACAUCUCUGUUGCUAAACUGGAUUUAUACUCUACUAAACGUUUUGAAGAAGGACCACUGUGAAUAAUACUGAAGAUGAAGAGUUUGCAAAGUACAAUACCGGGUACGCUGUACCAGAACAAUUGGAGAAAGUUACUCACGUUGCACAGCAACUGUGAACUGGACAUAGUUAUUUUAGAAAGGAAAGAAAUCUAACAAAAAGUUUUCAAAAAGUUUUUUUUUGCUUUCUUGGAAGCUAUAGCUGAAUUACACCAAAGUCAUUACCCAGUCUUAGAAAUGAUUUGUACAUGUUUUUAAAAUACGUUUACAGAAUUGUGAAUAUACAAAUAUAUCAUAUUGAUAUUUCGCAUUACUACAAAGAUGUUAGUAGGUUUGCUAAAAUUGCAGUCAUCUUUAUAAAAUCGUAUCAUGUCUAAACCACUGCAUUACUGUCAUCUCCAGGGUUUCUUUUUAUAUUUUGGCAUGCUAGUUAAUAUUUAUUUGUAAUUAAACAAUAUUUAUAUUUUA